AAAAUAUUUAUAACUUAUUACAGAAAAUGUUUGUUAAAAUAAAUACAUUGUUUUUAUUUUUCAUAUUGUUUUUAAUUCACACCAAACAUGGAAACUGUGUUGACGUGAACACUACAUCGGGUGUAGUGAGGGGACAGACAGUUCACAUAUUAGACACAAAUAUUGAUCAAUUUUUGAACAUACCGUAUGCGGUACCUCCUCUUGGGGAACUCCGAUUUGCUAAACCAGUGCCUAUUACUAAGCCAUCGCCUCGAAGACUGUUUGGUACUAAACGUGUGGACAUCGGGUUUGGGAGACUUGAAACCCGUUAUGUUUUAUAUACACGGAGGGGGUCUGAGUAGUGGAUCCAGUUUUGAGGAGGAAUAUAAUGGCACUGUUUUGGCCACACAUGAUGUGGUCAUUGUGUCCACAAAUUACAGGUUAGGGUCGUUAGGAUUCUUGUAUGGGGGCCGGGAGGACGCGCCCGGAAAUGUAGGCUUUUAUGACCAGUUGUUGGCUCUUAAAUGGGUAAGAGAUAACAUCCAUGCAUUUGGUGGGGAUAGGGAUCAGAUCACUAUAUUUGGUGAGAGCGCCGGCAGUUGGUCCGUAUCAGCGCACAUAUUGUCUCCCCUAUCAAAGGGUCUGUUUAAGAGGGCUAUUAUGGAAAGCGGUGCCCAUUUGUACAACAAGGACAGGGAUGUGCUCAACACCACUGAGGCAGUACUUGAGGCCAAACAAGUGGCACGACUUCUCAAUUGUAGUGAAUCUGAGGAUUGGUUGAAGUGUUUACGAAAAGCCGACGGAAUGGCUGUAAUCAACUUAGACAACGGGCUGACAAUCCCGGUGUUGGGCACAGAGUUUCUGCCCAUUUCUGCACAAAAAGCAUUUGAGACUAAAAAGUUUAAUUCAGUCCUCAAGUGUCCGACAUAUCUGUUCGCCAAACAGUUCGCCAUAACUGUGAAGGAGUGGCAAAGGGUUUACUUUUAUGAACUUCUUUACGGAAGUAAAAGAUUUUCCCAAAUCAUUGGUUGCGAUCAGAAAACUGAAGGUAUCUGUCAUGCGGAGGACAUACCGUUUGUAUUUGGUUUACCCUAUAUUCAUGAGAAAGACUACGAACCCGAGGAUAUGUUUUUCAGUCGAGAAGUCAUGAAAAUGUGGACUAAGUUUGCGAAAGACGGACAUCAGGACGAGGAAUGGCCACAAUUACUGAAUAACGAUGGCGUGGAUGGCGUUCCCCUUGUGAAAGGUAUCAGUGCCGAGACAGUAGACGUCAAGACCAGCUCCGGUACUGUAAGGGGACAGACUAUCGUCGAACUCGACAAAAAACUCAAUCAAUUCUAUGGCAUACCAUUCGCUGAGCCACCGGUCGGUGCCCUGAGAUUUGCCAAACCAAUGCCUAUUGCAAAGCCUUCACCGGAUAUUAUCGAUGCAACCAAAAAGAAGACCUCCUGUUUGGGUGGGGAUCAGCCCACCUCUGAAAACUGUCUAUACGUCAACAUAUGGGCGCCCAAUAACAUCACAACUUUAAAACCUGUUAUGUUUUGGAUAUAUGGCGGGGGUUUCAGAGUGGGCUCUAUAUUCUCGGACAUGUAUAACGGCAAGUCAUUGGCCUCCUAUGAUGUCGUGUAUGUGGCCGUGGAUUACAGGUUGGGUUCGUUGGGCUUCCUAUACGGUGGCGAUGAUGAGAAGACCCCCGGAAAUCUGGGACUUUUGGAUCAACUCGAAGGACUUAAAUGGGUGCAAGAAAACAUCCACGCGUUUGGAGGCGAUAAGGAUAGGGUAACGAUAUUCGGUUGCAGCGCCGGUAGUAUCGCCACAUCAGCUCUGGUAUUGUCUCCACUGGCGAAAGGGCUGUUCGCGAGGGCUAUACUGGAGUCAGGCGCUCAGCUCUAUAGCUGGAAGAGUCUGACCCCCGGUCAGGUCUACUAUACGAAGGAACAGGCAUUAGCCGAGGCCAAGGAAAUGGCCAAACAUUUCAAGUGUACGGACGAUAAGACGUGGUUAGAGUGCCUGCGAAAGGUUGACGCGAAUAAGAUCCAUGACUACGGGGCUCUAACCGUCGGUGCAAUGGUUGGCAACGCCUUUAUGCCACUCAAUGCUCAGGAGGCCUUCAAACAGGGAAAGUAUAAUAAAGACGUGGAUCUGAUCGCUGGUAUUGUCCGCAAUGAGGGUUCACUUCUUGCGCACCAACUCAAAGGCAAUGCAACCGAACAGACAUUUAUCAAUGAAGUUAAGAGUCUUAUAAAAGAUCCCGAUUUGGAGGCAAUUAAAGAGUUUUAUCUCAAAGAUAUCAAAUCUGGCAACCAAUCAGCCUAUCGGUGGGCUUAUUAUGAUUUUUACGGUGAUAUCAAUUUGAAGUGCAAUACAUAUCUGUUUGCCAAACAAGUGGCCCAACACUCGACCACAAGGAAUGUCUACUUCUAUGAACUCACGUAUCAAAGUGGCGGACAUUUCUCUGGUUGCGAUGAGAAGACAAUGGGUAUAUGCCAUGGAUCUGAUCUCGAGUUCGUGUUCUACAGGACCGGUUCCAACCCUAAGCUCGACAUACCUUUCAGUAAGGAAUGGAUGAGUUAUUGGACUAAUUUCGCCAAAACUGGUGUUCCGACGACUGACGCCAAAUGGCCUAAACUUGUGAACAAAGCCGAAGAAUACAAGAUAUCGAGGGUUAAGGACAUGAAUCCAUACGACUUCAGCAAAACACUUGUCGAUCCUUUUAAGAAGAUUUGCGAUGAGUUUUGGGGAAAAUAUUUUGAAUAAUAACUUGAUAUAUGUUAAUAAAUAUUCG